AUGCCCGAGUAUAGUCUUCAGACGGCAACGUCUAUGCUCCGGGCAAAGUACGAACGGGUUGCUGCGUGGAAUGAAGAGAGGCUGGUUGAUCGAGCCGCUGCUGCGAGAGAGGCUGACCAAGCUGCCGAGCUGGCUCAACUCAGGUCCAAGUCGGGACUCCAACCACAAGCUGACCGUCGUGAUGAUCAGGCGAAUCAAACCCAGUUGCGUGCCAGUCAUCGCGAAAAAGACGAACCACUACUAACCCUUUCCACCAUCAUGGCUAAGAGGCUAGACAAGUUGCCGGAUUACUGUCACCCAAAUGUCCCGGAUCAUCUGUUUCACUCCUCGUACGAGCACGUCCCAUCGGCAUUUGGGUGCGAUAAAUGCGACAAAAAAGAGUUGAUCGCUCGAGAGGAGCGUUAUUCAAGAGAUCCCGUCAUCCAUUAUGGUGGCAUAGCGUCCGGGAAUCAGGUCAUGCGUGAUGGCACGGCGCGCGAUGCCGUAGCCAAGGAGCUCAGCAUCAUAUGUUUUGAGAUGGAGGCAGCUGGGCUCAUGGAUGUUCUACCCUGUCUUCCUAUCCGUGGCAUAUGCGAUUAUUCGGACUCACACAAGUCCAAAGCGUGGCAGAGAUAUGCCGCAUUCGCCGCCGCAGCUCUGGCUAGAGACCUGCUCGGAGUCCUUCCGCUAACAGUUGAAGAAGCUCGAGCCGCUUUUAGCAUCGACUCUGAGCGGAGGACUCGAAUCGAACGUCGAGAAAGCCUGCUACAGUCUCUCAAGUUUGAGCAAAUCACUUCUCGAGAGGCCUCCAUUACGGACGCACAUGCAAAGACCUGCCAGUGGCUUCUGGAUCACUCAGCGUACGAGGCGUGGCUAGACCCUAGCCAGACGACACGGCAUCACGGCUUGUUGUGGAUAAGCGGCAAACCAGGAGCAGGGAAAUCCACGAUUAUGAAGUACAUCUAUCUCAAAACAAAACACCAAACACGCAAGAAGAUUACACUGAAUUCGUCCUUCUUCUUCCAUUCACGAGGCGAGUAUCUGGAGAGAUCAAUCUCAGGCAUGUAUCGAUCGAUUCUGGCCCAACUGCUUGAGGGGUUUCCAGCAUUGCAAGUUGUGCUGGACAAUCCAAAACUUGACAUGGCCAGUAGAGAUGACUGGCCGUUGAGCAUAUUAAAGGAGCUUCUCCAAAAAGCUGUCUUCUCUCUAGGCUCUCGCGCCCUGAAUUGUUUCAUCGAUGCCCUUGAUGAAUGCGAUGAGCAGCAAAUUGUCGACAUGGUCCAGUUCUUCGAAGACCUCUUGGAAACUGCUAUGGAGAAGAAGGUAGAGGUGCGCAUCUGCUUCUCAAGUCGACACUACCCUUAUAUCGAUGUUCGAAGGGGAAUUCGCAUGACUUUAGACGAUCAACUGGGCCAUGAUCAAGAUUUAGCCGCAUAUGUCCAGGAUCGGCUUCGGGUGAAAGGGCGCAUGGUCAAGGAGCUGCAUUCCCAAAUACUGGAGAAAGCGGCUGGCGUGUUUCUAUGGGUUGUUUUGGUUGUCGAGAUCCUGAACAAGGAAGACAGACGAGGCGGACUGGCCCUGAAGAAGCGGUUGCACGAACUCCCAAACGGACUGAGCGAGUUGUUUAAGAAUAUCCUGACACGCGAUGAUGACAACAUGGAAGAACUACUCCUCUGCAUCAUGCUAAUCCUUUACGCAAAGCGGCCAUUGGGGCCGGAAGAAUACUAUCAUGCUCUUUGGUGUGGGUUAUCAAUCAGGGGUCUGGUUGACCCUGACAUUCCAGAUGCCAGUAACAAAGGAUCGGUGGAAAGGUCCGUCAUCAGCUCAUCCAAGGGCCUUGCUGAGAUAACCUCGUCCAAGUCAUACCAGAGAUCUCUGCGAGUGGGGAAACUCGAGAGACCAGUGGUCCAGUUCAUCCACGAAUCUGUACGAGACUUUCUUCUCAAAGAAAAAGGCAUCUUUGACCUAUGGCCAGACAUUGGCCCCAACCCUACAGCUGCAAGUCACGAAAGUAUCAAGCAGUGCUGUAUAAAAUAUAUGCAAUAUUGUACCGAGAUCAAUCUCACCAACGACUCUCUGCUGGACGGUGAAGUACGGACACAAUUUGACCUGGCCGAUGAAUACGGCUUUUCAUCUGUGUUUGACGCACGAAAAGUGCGCGAGGCUCGACAGGUUGACAGUUUCAAGUUUGAAAUGGAAGACGACAUAGAGCAUGACUACGUGUUCCUUGGCUACGCAAGCGAAAACGUUCUCUACCAUGCAAAUGCUGCAGCUGCCACAUUGCCCCAGGAUAAGUUUCUGGUCGAGUUUCCCGUGACAAAGUGGAUUGGCAUACUGAACAACUGCCCCGGCGCCGGUUCGCGAGCCCGUUAUCAACUAGGGACAGAUAUUCUUUAUGUACUUGCCGAUCAAGGGCUGUCGAGGCUGAUCCGUACGCGACUUUGCGCGUACCCUCGUAUCAAUCUGCGCGGCGACAAAUACCAGUAUCCCCUCUUCGCCGCGUUGGCUGGCGGGCAUCGCAAUUCUGUCGCUGCCCUUCUCCGCCUGCCCGCCAACACCAAAACCGGAAUAGACAUAGUCGACUCGUUAACAUAUGGCUACGACUUUCAAAACUAUUUGAACCGAACAAUGUUGUCUUGGGCAUCACAAGAACACCAUACAGCGAUGCUGGGCUUGCUCCUGGAGCAAGGGUGUGCUCAGGUCGACGAAAUUGACCCGGGAGGCCAGACGGCACUAUUAAGGGCUAUUCAAGGCAAUGACCAAGAAAUAGUCAAUAUGCUGCUCGACUACGGAGCAGACCCCGACACAGCAGGGAGGGAAGGGACAAGGCCACUUUACCAGGCCCUCCGCGACAACUGCAUUGCCAUAAUGAAGACGCUUCUCACAAAGGGGGCAGAUCCUAACCUCUGGUGCCACGAUAGCGAGCCGCCACUCUAUUGGUGCUAUCUGAGAAAUAGCUUGCCCAUGGCCAGGCUGCUCCUUGAACACGGUGCAGACCCCAACCCCAGGUGUCGCAGCGGGACCAGCCUUCUUUGUACCGCUGUUUCUUCACACAGUACCACUUUUUCAAGGCUGAUCCUCGAACACGGAGUAAAUGUGAAUGAAACUACCGAUCGAGGGCAAUCAAUUCUUGUCAAUGCUGUAGAAGAUGGUUACUAUAGUAUGGUCGCGCUCCUCCUCGAGAUGGGGGCAGAUACAAAUGCGUGUGAUACCAGUGGUAUACCUGUGCUGAAAUGUGCAGUUUCAAACGGCCAUGAGAGUAUAGCGAGGCUGCUCAUGAGAAAGGGAGCACUUGCUAGAAACUAA